AGAUCUUGGAGAAGAAGAUGUUUUUAGAAAGAAAGGUAUGAUUGAGAUAGAAGAUCUUGAAAGCUUUAUUGAAAUAAGAGAUCUUGAAAAUCUUGUUGGAGUGAGAGGCUUUGUUGAGACAAAAAAUUUUGUUAUAGUUCAAAGUCUCAUUAAAAUAAAAAUAUUGUUAGAAAGUUUAUUAAAUUAA